UAUAUAAAAGAAUUUCAAGAUGCCGAAAAUAUUUUGGAUUAAAAAUCGUUUACACGAGCAACAACAACGUUUGGCGUUGCAACAGAAUGGACUAAAUAAUAUUAAAAAUAAUUCUGGUGAUUCACAAUUUGGUGAUACGUCUUGUGAACCGCUAUCGUUAAUUGUUAAAAAAGAUGAUUCACGAUUGAAUACAUCAUCUUCAACUCCAUCUUCACAAAACACAUCACCAAUCACAUCACAACAAACAAAAGAUGAUCGAAAAUCACCGCGCCCAUCAUCUAUUCCAACAAGCAUAGUACCUUCAUCAGCUGGAAAAACAACAACCGCAGAAAAAGAAAAGAAAAAAGAUGAUGUACCACCGGCUACACGACGAUUUACAUCAUCAUUUAUUGGUAUUGAUGCCCCAUUCGCUGCAUCUCAUAGCGUACCUCAUGUACCUCCUCGUACAUGUGGCGAACGUAAAGAAUAUCUUCCAUUACCUGGUGAAAAGAAAUUAUUACUAAAUGAUAAAAUCAAAUUACCGGUAACUGAUGCACCCAAAGCAUCACGGGUGCCAACACCACCAGCGGCUGUACGUUGUUCCGUGAUCCAAUACCCCAAAUCCAUUAUACAAUCACGUAAAGAAACGGAUAAAGAACAACGUAUUCCCGAACAACCACAAGUGCCUGAACCCGAACAAGAUCAACCAAUUGACUAUCACAUUCCAAAGAAACAACAUCAAGGUGAGACUAGCGAAGAAGAUGAGAAACGUUGUCGUGAACUUCGGCGAUGUAGUAGUGCAAAAAUUGCAAACAACAUCAGACGAUUACCGGUACGAUUACUUGCAAAACUCCCAGCUGGUAAAAUAUUAACGGCUGCUGCAGGACAUGGUCGAAAUAAUGGAAGUACACAUCAAACAGGUGGUUCAUCCGGUGGUAACCAAUCACAUUCUGGUGGUUCAAUGUCAUUUGGAAGUAGUGGUGGUGGAUCAUCACUUGGAGGUGGUGUAUCUGGUGGAGGUGGAGCACUUGGGGGUGGUACUGGUGGCGGCGGUGGUGGUAUGAAUCCUGGUAGAGAUGGCCGUCAAAACUAUUUACCAAGUAGUCCACAAACUGCUAGUUUGCCACCUUUUUAUGAAUCCCUAAAAGUUGGUAACAAUAAUGGUAACCAUUUUAACGGUAACUUUAUCAACAAUGGAAACAACAACGGGUACUCACUAAAUGUACCCAUGAAUAUGGACUGCGAAAACAGUGGGAACGAUAUAAUGUCUGUGGGAAGUUUGCUAAAUUAUGCGUCGAAUAACAAUAAUUGUGCGGAAAAUCAUCAUCCAAAACAGUAUUCACUUUUACAAAAUGCCCAAUAUGGUAUCGCGUUAAAGAAUGAAGAUGAUUUAGAUGUGUAUGAAAAUAAUUUAUUACCUGGUGGCUAUGCAAAUUAUGAUGAUGCGAUGAUGGUUGACAUGGUCACGGGAGCAGUAGUAGAUCCUUUACAAUUUACUGCAACCUUAACAUUUUCCACACCUGAACAUGCGGCAAUAUUGGAUAGUUUAAGUGAUGAAGCAGAAUUAACGAAUUUAUUACAACGUUUACCAAAUGACGAAGAGAAUAAAGAAAGUAUUGCCGAAAUGAUUGGUGAUGAUUUAAGUGGCAACUCUUCAGGACAUCAUGGUGGCAAUAACUCGGUACAUUCCAUCGAACCAUCAAUUGCGUCCUUUAACGAUUUGAACGGUGGUAAUUAUGAAAACUCACAAGGUGCCCCAGGACAACAGUCAUCACGACAGCAUUUCCUACAAACAUCACAUUCACCAUUUAGUCAGUAUCAAUUAAAUGAACCACAUCCAAAUGUUUUGUCACAAUCGCUAUUGAAUGGUAAUGGACAACCACAAAAUUCAUCAUCUUCUUCAUCUGGAGGUGGUUUAUCAUCAUCGAAUGUAGCUUUUGGUGAUUUAGAUUCAACAAGUACAAUGUCGUUGCCGUCACCGGGUGGUGCUAGCUGUUCAUUAACGGAAGGAUCAAUUAGUCCACCAGCUAGUGUGAGUGGUCGCAGAGAUUCUGUUGGUUCUGAACCCCCCUUACCUCCCCCCGUAACUAAUCUACGGAAAAGGUUCAAACUACCAGCUGAAGUACCUUUAGAAUUUGUGAAUGGUGGUCAUGGUAUUAAAAAUCCAUUAGCAAAUCAAGAAAAUUCACGGCCCUCAAGUCGAGCAACAAGUGAAACAAAAUCAAAAGUAGCACAAGUAACAACCGAAGAUGGUUCAUCGAGAUUUUGUUGUCGGAUAUGUUCGAAAACAUUCUCAUUACAACGGCUAUUAAAUCGACAUAUGAAAUGUCAUUCUGAUGUUAAAAGGUACCUGUGCACAUUCUGCGGUAAAGGUUUCAAUGAUACAUUCGAUUUAAAACGUCAUACACGCACACAUACAGGAGUACGACCCUACAAAUGUAAUUUAUGUGAUAAAUCAUUUACACAACGAUGCUCACUAGAAUCACAUUGUUUAAAAGUUCAUGGAGUCCAACAUAAUUAUGCAUACAAGGAACGACGUACAAAAAUGUAUGUCUGCGAAGAAUGUGGCCACACAACAAGUGAACCAGAAAUACAUUAUUUACAUUUAAAAGAACAACAUCCAUAUAGUCCAGCCUUAACGAAAUUCUACGAUAAACGACAUUUUAAAUUUACUAAUUCAAAUUUUGCAAAUAUGUUAUUACAAGUACGAUCAUAA